AUGAAGGUCCGUGGCAGCACGAGCGACGCGCACUCGCAGCACAACGUGGGCAAGGCCGGGAGCAUGCUGACGCUCGCAAAGUUCCGCCGCUCCAUGAAGAGCGACAAGCACGACUCCGCCAAGCCCGUCCAAGUCUCGAUACCGCAAAAGGACGCCAUUGCCAUUGAGGCCCCAAAGAAGGUCAUAAAAGCCAUAUACGACUAUGUCGCGCCCGCUGACUCUGACAUGUACCUCUCCUUCUCCGCCGGCGACUUCCUGCACGUAGUAGCGCGCGAAUCCGAUCCCGAUUGGUACGAAGCCUGCAAUCCCUUGCGGAACGAGCGCGGGCUGGUGCCUGUCAAGUACUUUGAAAACGUGGGCAAGACGGUGCGCGACAGCGGCGACUCGAGCAAAUCGAUAACAAGCACCACGCAUGAUAGUGGUUACGCAGAGGGAUCGACACCGCCCAACGUCACAUCUGCGCCGCGCACGAGCGGUGCGGCUUCUGUGCCCAUGAGACCAGGACCUACCCAUAGACCGACGGCGUCCAUAAGCCGGGCGCCUGGAGGCAUCUAUGGCAUUGUCGCGUUUGACUUCCACGCCGAGCGACCAGACGAGCUGGACGCGAAGGAGGGCGAGGCGAUUAUAGUCAUUGCGCAGUCGAAUCCAGAAUGGUUCGUCGCGAAGCCGAUAACCAGACUUGGCGGCCCUGGCUUGAUCCCGGUGUCCUUCGUCGAGAUACGGGACAUGACCACGGGUAAGUCGGUCGAAGAUCCGGUGGACGCGGUGCAAAAAGCCGGCAUACCAAAAGUUGAAGAGUGGAAGAAGAUGGCGGCCGAGUACAAAAACACGAGUAUACCGUUGGGCACUGUUUCAGGAACCACCAUGGGCAGCAUGGCACAAGGAAUGGACCGGAUGAGCUUGCAAAACGGACAUCAGAACGGAGCGGGUCACCAGAGAGGAGCCAGUAACUCAUACCAAACCCAGCAGCAGCAGAAUCUCUUUGCGCCAGUGCGAGCAUCCGUGCCGCGCUACAUCUUUGCGGACGAGAAGUUCCACUUCGUCGUGGAGUGCAGACUCACCAACGGUGCACACUGGGAUCUGUCUCGCAUCUACGAGGACUUUUACGAGCUGCAGAUUAAUCUUAUAAACAUCUUUCCGGAAGAGGCUGGCCAAGUUCCUGGAAAGCCGCGGACACUGCCAUACAUGCCUGGACCUGUAAAAUUCGUGACAGAUAACAUUAGCGAAGGACGAAGGGCCAACCUGGACGAAUAUUUGCGGGAUUUGCUGAGGUUGCCACAGCAUAUCGUAACGUCUUCACUUGUCAGGAACUUCUUCGCACCGCGCGAGGGUGAUUACGAAGUGGACCCAAGCGCAGUAGAUCUGAACGAGCACGCAAGGCCGAUGGUUGCGAAAGAUAGGCACUCAGCAGCAUCGCAGAAUUCGUACAACACGACGCCGUUCCAGCAGCCUGGUCAGCCACGGGGACCACCUCCACCGCCCUCAUCACAUGGCUCGUAUCAGUCUGCGCCUUCCCAUCAAUACAACCAGUCACAAAGCUCGAACGGGCAGUUCGGCCACCGUCCGCAACCAUCUCAAGCGAGCGCCAGCUUCACAUCACAAUCGCCGCCAAAUGCUGCAGGUAUGCCUGCUCAAAGGCAACCACCAGCGAGCAAUGCUCAGCCUGUGAAAGUGAAGGCAUGGUUUGACCGGGACACAUGUGUUGUCAUCCGAAUGCCACCGCGAGGACAAUUCACCCACGAUGAGCUAUACCGAAAGAUCGUGGAACGUAGAAGAUUGGAAUACAAAGGUCAAGACCAAAAUGACGAAGCUCUUGAUAUAGAGUAUCGGGACGAGAAAGACGGAGAAUACUACCGCCUCGAAGGUGACGAAGAUCUCGACAUUGCUGUCGAACGAAAUGAGAAACUCACGCUGGCGGUGAGAGCUGCCAAUGUUUGA